ACGUCAGGUGUGGGACACAAGGAAGUGUGGAAGGGCGGCUGGAAGCGACCGAAACAACCGUGGAUGGCACACAUUUUAAACGUUGUUAAAAUAGAGAUUCAAUAGGGGCAUGUGGGCACCAUUCUAAAUACUACGAUGAUGCUAUAUUUCAGGGACUAGCAGAUGGACUUCCUUACCCUGUUUUGUAUUUACACUUUGACUGUGCUGGCGUCCAUUGUUCUUGUUUGCAAAUAUGCUGGUGGCCAGGAACAGACUGCCUUGGGGCGAACCUACAGUCGAGUCAUAAAUGUGCUCUCUCCAUAUGUCCCAGUAUGGCUGAGUAGAUUGUCCAAUAGGGCUGUCCACAAGCUUUUCCAUGAAAGGAACAACCUUUUUAUCUACCUGCACCUCCUGCUAGAGGGAGCAGUGUACACGGAGUACUCUUACGAGGUGUUUGGCUACUGCAGGGAGGUGGGCACCACGCUGACCAGCCUGUACGUCCCCUAUGCCCUGCUGGCCGUACACCUCUGCCUCUUCUACCUCUGCUGUAGCCGUGACCCAGGCACAGUAACAAACACUAAACAUGCCUCGCAGGUCAAAGUGUAUCCCUAUGAUGGGGAGCUCUUCAACCCAGGAGAGCUCUGUCCCACAUGUAAUCUGGUCAAGCCCGCCAGGUCAAAACACUGCAGGGUGUGCAACAGGUGUGUGCAGCGGUUCGACCACCACUGCGUGUGGGUGAACAACUGCGUCGGGGCUCAGAACACGCGCUACUUCCUGCUGUACCUGCUGAGCGUGUGUGCCAUGGCCGGCCACAUCGCCGUGCUGACCCUGGACCUGUUGCUGAACGUGGUGGCGAGGACGGGACUCAUGUACGCACACUAUGUAGACAGUGCGGGUCAGCAGCAGCCCACGGGCUUCUCCUUUGUUGUUCAGCACCUGUUCCUGACGUUCCCCCGCAUCGUCUUCAUGCUUGGCUUCCUGAUCUUCGUCUUCUUCCUGCUGGCCGGCUACUUCCUCUUCCACUUGCUGCUGGCGGUGGGGAACCACACCUCCAACGAGUGGUACAAGGCCCGCGGCCGAGGCUGCCGCCACUGCCACCCUCACUCUGGCCACCACUGCGGCAGACCCUCCUCCUUCAACCCGCUCAGGGGCUUCUACAGCAGGGGCAUUUUCAAGAACCUGGCUGAGAUCUUCAUGCCCUUAAAACCACAGCUGAGGAAGAAGAAGCACAAAUAGGAAGGGGGGUGUGGGGGAUUGCGAGUACUGUAUAUUUUUUUAUAUUGCGUGCUGACAUGUUUUUUAUUAAAAAAUAAUUUUAUUAAUAAACUUU